AUGAUUGACAUCGGAUUUAGAACGCCUACGCCAUAUGUAUUUCAGGUCUACGAGACCUUCGGCCCUGUCAAGUCUCCGUUCUACGUGGUUGUGCUGGAGAACGUACAAAAGGAACCCGAUUCAAGCAAGCUCUCCAAACCAUCAAAGAAUCGCUUACGCCGCUCAAAAGUGCCGUCCCUUUCGCAGGAAUCGGAGGUUCAACCGGACGUACAGGCUGUCGAAGCGGCAACUGAACAGGUCGACGCCACCAACUGCCCUGCGCCUGAUCCAGCCGUAACUGAGUCCCCACAGGAUCAGCCACCUCCCGAGCUAGUAGCACCGAUUGUUCGAAAGAUUGAUGUGGAUGUAAAAGUUGGUGAGACUGUCUACUACGUGGCUAAUGAUCCGGAACUCACCAUACCCAUUCUCUGUUCGGAGUUGGCGAAACUGAAGGGCUCGGACGCCUCUGGUCUUAAUGACAAGGAACUUCCUCCCGAGGUAAUUGUCUCUCCUCCCCACUCAAUACUUGACUCUACGUUUUUUAUUUGA